AUGUCGGUGGCCGAGCCGGCCACGGCAGCCACCUCGACCACGCCGCCAUCGUCGACACAACCGACCCCUAACCCCCUCGACACUGCUACUACUGCUACUACUGCUACUACUGCUACCACAGCGCCGUCAGCCCCAUCAGCCCCAUCAGCCUCUGCAUCCUCCCCAUCCGAUGCUCACUCCCCGAUACUCGCCCCAACCGGUUCUAGCCGCCAGUCCACGCCGGCCACUUCGGCAGCCGCCUCGGACCAUGCCCACGCCGCACCCAUGAAGCGCCCAACCACACCGGCCAACGUGGAACAACAUCCAGCAACACCACCACCGCCGCCGCCAUCCCACGACGACCAGCACCCCUUGGCCGACAUCCAACCCGCGUACUUUUACCCAACCGACGCUUCCGCAUCCUCGGCACACGACGGCAUCCCCGUAUUCGAACCCACAAUGCAGCAGUUCCAGGACUUUUACGCCUUCUGCCAGGCCAUCGACAGCUGGGGCAUGCAAUCCGGCAUCGUCAAGGUCGUCCCGCCCAAGGAGUGGCGCGACGCACUUCCAGACCUCCGUCCACCCUCCACCGCCACAACAGACCAAGACCAAGACCAAGACCAAGACCCAGCCGACAUCUCCAAGGUCCGCAUCCGCAACGCCAUCUCUCAGCACUUCACCCCCGCAGGCUCGGGCGUCUGGCGUCAGACCAACAUCACCCGCACCGCAAAGAUCUGGAACGCAAAACAGUGGGCCGAAUCCUGCAUCCAAGACGGUCAAAAGGGUCCCGAGAUGGAUCGCAUGAAGUGGAAGGUCGAAGUCGAAGGCGUCUCCAACGGCGGAUGGGGCCCCAGAUCCAUCGGCGCAAAGGACUCCGCUCCCGCCGCCAUCCUCGACGAGGACGGCGUACGCACCCGCAGCGGCAAGGCGCGCCCAGCUGCCACACCAGCUGCCACACCAGCUGCCACAACCACACCAGCAGAGUCCAGAUCCAACCCCCAAAAGCGCAAGCGUGCAGACACCCAAGACCCAACCCAGUCCCAAGAGCCAGCCUCAGCACCCAGCUCCCCAGAACGACGCUCGCUUCGCACAGCACACAACCAAUCCGCCGCAAACACACCGUCCACCUCCAGAGACGCUUCCCCCGUAAAGCCAAAGAAGAACUGGGAAGCAGACGCCGUCACGCCACAGGAAUGGCGCGCGUUCGACUACAAGAACUGCUGGCUCAAGGAGGCGCUCUCCCCCGACCAGCUCGCAAGGCUCAACGCCGCUCCCUCUUCCCCGUCACAGCCUGUCGAGGCAGCCGAAACCCCAUCGGCACCCUCGCUCCCCUCGCCGGCCGACUGGACGCCCGAAGUGUGUCGAGAGAUCGAGAGCGAGUACUGGAGAAGCCUCAACUUUGGCAAACCGCCCAUGUACGGCGCAGACCUCAAGGGUACGCUCUUCAACGACACCACCCAGCACUGGAACGUCGGCAAGCUCGACAACGUCCUCACCCGUCUGCGUCUCAAGCGCAAACUGCCCGGCGUCAACACGCCUUACCUCUACUGGGGCAUGUGGCGCGCCACCUUUGCCUGGCAUGUCGAAGACAUGGACCUCUACUCGAUCAACUACAUCCACUUUGGCGCACCCAAGCAGUGGUACGCCAUCAGACAGGCUGACCGCCAGCGCUUCGAGUCCGCCAUGGCCGGCGCCUUCCCCUCCGACUCGCGACGAUGCCCCCACUUUAUGCGUCACAAGUCCUACCUCGCCUCGCCCUCCUUCCUCGCAUCCCACGGCAUCCGCCCGCUCAAGCUCGUCCACAACGCAGGCGAGUUUGUCAUCACCUACCCCUACGGCUACCAUUCCGGCUUCAACCUCGGCUACAACUGCGCAGAGAGCGUCAACUUUGCGCUCGACUCCUGGCUCGACAUUGGCCGCAAGGCAAACUACUGCCACUGCGACCAGUCCCAAAACAGCGUCCGCAUCGACGUAGACGCCAUGCUCGAAGAGAGCAAGGAGAUGGAGGAGCUCGAACGCAAGCGCCAACUCAGGCGUGCAAAGGAAGACUCGGUGCGCGCCAUCGAGGACGAGGAGCUCGAGAAGCGCCGCCUCAAAAACGAAAAGGCAAAGGAGCGCAGGAAACUCAAAAAGGAGGCAGACGACGCCGCCGCCGCCGCCGGCGGCCCCGCAGUCCCUGCCCUCUUCCAAGGCGGCGACGGCUUCUACAUCGACCCCAAGGCCGCACACACAAGUCCGUGCGUAUUUUGUCCAGCCGACGUGUCCAACGACCUCGUCCCCACACCCGCCGACAUCGACUCCACCAACGCCAAACUCAAAGCGAUGGCCGCACGUCACGCGCAUCGCUUGUGCGCCAGCUUCAUCCCCGAGACUUGGGUCGGCAAGCACGCCAAAGCCGACAUGGUCUGCGGCAUCGACGGCAUCGACAAGGCGCGCUUCUCGCUCAAGUGCCAGAUCUGCCCCAACCCCAUUUUGCAGAAGCUUUACCCCAAGAUCCAGUGCACGCGCGGCAAGUGCCCGCGCGCAGCUCACGUCAGCUGCGCCUUGGUUGAGGAUCACGGUUGGUUCGUCGAUCUCUGCCCCACAGACACUGCAGACCACCUCGAGGGCAAGAAGGUGUCUGCCAAGGCGCAAGCGCAGCAAGCACAGGGUACAGCCGACGACUCGGAACGCCUCGUGGUGCUCUGCCGCACACACAACCCGCUCUUCCGAGAGGCAGAGGAGGCGCGCAAGGCCGACGAGCUGCGCGAGCGCAUCCACUCGCUGCCCGUGCCGAGCAUGGUCAAGAUCAAGACGUCCGGAGGCAUGUUCCAGGCGCUCAUGGUCGAGGUGCGCGAGGACGAGGACGAGAUCGUCAUCGAAGACGAAGGCCGCCCCAGCAGAGUCAAGUUCCAGCAGAUCAUCCUGGAGUCGUCCGAACCCAGCGCGGUCAAGACCGAGCCCGAGCCUCAGCCGGCUCCCGAUUCCAUUAGCCAGGGCGUCGGCGCAGCGGCUCAGGACGACCCCGAUGCGGCGCCCUCAGCAAAGCGCAGGAGGAAAGCGACGGCAAAAGCGAUCGCCAAUGCCAGAGCCGGUAGCGAGGACGCCGUCGAGGCGAGCAUUGCAGUGUCUUCCGAUGCGGUUCCCAAGGUGCAACCCGCGAAGAGGGCGCGGGAGGCAAAGGCGCAGAACGCCGCAAGCUCUGCCGAGGGCGUGAAGCGGCAGGCGCCCGCAGAGUCCGCAGCGUCCUUGGCUGCCGAGGCUGCCGAGGCAGAAUCGGGGCCUGCGGUCAAGCCAAAGCGCAAGCGACAGCCCGCCAAGAAGAAGGCGCAGACGGCCCAGGCAGCAGCCGACGAAUCGGCGCCCGCAAUUCUGCAGCCGCCUCAGCCGCCAGUGUUGGGCGCACCAUGGCAAAGUCACGCUCCUCAGCUGCCUGCACCGCCCACUCACCAGCGCGAUCCGCGCGAUCCGCGCGCGACGUAUGCGUCUCAGCCUGUCGGAUCGUACUACCCGGGUGCGUACCACGAGCAGCAACCGCAGCCGUCCUCGGGGCCGAUGCAACACGCCCAGCACUACCCGGGCAUGUACGACGGUGGGCCGCCGCACGCCAGUCACGCACAUCAGCGAUGA